AUGCUGAACAUGGGUGGGCCGUCCACGGUGCCGGAAACACACGACUUCUUGAAGAACCUCUUCUCAGACGGGGACCUCAUCCCUCUCCCUUUCCAAUCUAUACUCGCACCUAUCAUCGCCAGGCGUCGCACUCCUCAAAUAGAGAAGCAGUAUGAGGACAUUGGCGGCGGCUCACCCAUUUUGAAGUACACCAAGAUACAGGGCGAGCGUAUGGCUGCGCUCCUCGACGAAUUGCAUCCUGCUACGGCGCCGCACAAAGCAUACGUCGCCUUCCGCUACGCGCGACCUCUCACGGACGAGACCGCAAGGGAGAUGAAAGCCGACGGCGUCAAGCGCGCUGUUGCGUUCACACAAUAUCCCCAGUACAGCUGCAGUACGACUGGCAGUAGUCUCAACGAGCUGUAUAGGAAGGGCAAGACGGGCGAUUUUGGGGAUGGGGUCGAAUGGAGCGUGAUUGACCGGUGGGGUACGCACUCUGGCUUCAUCGAGGCGGUCGCACAAAAUAUCGAACGCGCGCUCGAAAAGUUCCCUGCGGAGCAUAGGUCGGACGUCGUGCUGCUCUUCUCCGCGCAUUCCCUUCCGAUGUCCGUUGUCAACCGAGGGGAUCCAUAUAUCCUCGAAGUCUCGGCUUCGGUCAACGCCGUGAUGGAUCGACUCGGGCACGCAAACCCUUACCGACUCGUGUGGCAGUCACAAGUCGGCCCCUCGGCGUGGAUGGGUAUGCAGACGGGAGAAGCGCUGAAGGGCCUCGCACGGCUUGGGCGGAAGCGGGUCGUCUUGGUGCCCAUCGCAUUCACCAGCGACCACAUCGAGACGCUGUACGAGCUCGACCUCGAGUAUGCUAAGGAGGCGCGAGAGCACGGAGUUGAAGUCCACCGAGCGGAGUCUCUGAACGAGUCACCCGUGUUCAUCCGCGCUUUGGCUGAUCUCGCUGCGGCGCACCUGAAGAACCAUUCAGGUGGGAAGAUCGGGCCGACAAGUGUUCAAUUGGGUCUGCGGUGUCCUGGUUGCACGAACGCCACCUGCGGGGCGCAGAAGGCGUGGUUCGCUCGAGCUGGACGGUAG